CUCUCGUUCACACAGUCUAUACUCAACAAUGAAAGGUAAAGAAAUACAUCCUUAUUAUUAUAUUACAUUUACUGCGUUUCAUCAAGAGCGAGCAAAAGCUUUCAAUUGAAUAUAAUAAUAGGAAUCGUAAAUAAAUAAUCAUCCAAAAGAUCAAAACGAAAAUUAUCAGAUAAAAUAAAGAAGAAGAGCAAGGCGCAAGCGGUUCCCUCUGUUUGGUGAUGGUUAGUGCUUUCUUCCGCUCCGCAUACCGGAAGAAGAAGAAGAAGAACGAGCCAGAGAAGCGGAGAAAUUCGAGUCGGGAUCUCAGCGGCUUAGGCUUCACCAUCGGCUUACCUUACAUCGCCUUUUUCAUGCUAUUUCUCUUAUCCGACGACGGCAUUGCAGGUUUUAAGAAAUGGAUCUUAUUCGCGGAAGCUAGCACCGUCGGCGGUGGCCGUGGCGGCGGCGGCGGUUUCUGGUCUUAUUACGCUGUGGUUUCGCCUUCUGGCGUUGCCAUCGCCGUCACUGCCAUAGCCGGUAUUGCCCUCGCCGCCAGCAUCGUUUAUUCUCGAAGGGGUAGCCUCAAAUCGCCCUGGUCCCAUAGAAGAAGAAAACAUGUGCUUCAACCUAAGCAAUGGAAAAGUUUAUUCACAGAGGAUGGUAAACUUAAUGAUGGUGGUGUCAAGUUUCUGAAGAAAGUUCGAAGUGGAGGUGUUGAUCCAAGUAUUAGAGCAGAGGUAUGGCCAUUCCUCCUUGGAGUAUAUGACAUCAACAGUUCGAAGGAAGAAAGAGAAUCUGUUAGAAGACGGAAAAGGAAAGAGUUUGAAAGCUUGCGGAAACGGUGUCACCAAAUUCAUAGACGUAUUGAGUUUGAGAAUAGCUGUAAGGUGAAGGAAACUGCUGGAAACAACCACAAUGAAGACAGUGAGGAUUUGGGCCAAGUUGUUGAUUCUCUAGGCUUAGAGGAUGUGGUUAUUGCUAGAAGGUCUUAUUCCACUGAGGGUGAAAGCCCUGAUGUUGAUGAUUCUGAUCAUCCUCUGCGUGAUCAAAGUUGUCAAACCCUUCAAUCUUCUGACUCAGUUUUGGAGGGAGAUAUUGAUAGGAGUGCAAUUACUUGUGAGGAUGGUUCUAAUAGUGAGAGGGAAUCCUCUGAUUCUGACUCCUCUGAAGAACUUGAAAACACACCCCUCAUUGCCUCAGAGAUAACCGAGGAAAAUAGUAUCAGUGAACAUGAGAAUGAUACUUCCGCUGCUUCCCCGAUAAAAGGCAGGUCCAAACCCCACGCGGAUGAAGAUUUUUCCACGUGGCAGAGAAUCAUCCGUGUUGAUGCGGUGAGGGCAAAUGAUGAAUGGAUUGCUUAUGCUUCAUCUCAGGCUUCAGUAUCAGAAAUCAAAGUACAACAGUUGACUGAGAGUGUUGGCUUGAAGGAAUAUGAUCACCUAGAGCCAUGCAGGAUUUAUCAUGCGGCUCGGCUGGUUGCUAUACUUGAGGCCUAUACCCUUUACGAUCCUGAGAUAGGUUACUGCCAAGGAAUGAGCGAUCUGCUCUCUCCAAUUAUCUCAGUGGUAGAGGAUGACUUUUUAGCUUUCUGGUGCUUUGCAGGUUUCAUGAAAAAAGCUCGUCACAAUUUCCGACUUGACGAAGUGGGCAUUAGAAGACAGUUGAACAUUGUGUCCAAGAUUAUCAGGUGUAAGGAUAUUCAUUUAUAUAAACAUCUGGAGGAGCUUCAAGCAGAGGAUUGCUUCUUCGUGUAUAGAAUGGUUGUUGUACUUUUCAGGAGGGAGUUAAACUUUGAGCAGACUCUUUGCCUCUGGGAAGUGGUUUGGGCAGACCAGGCAGCGAUUCGUGCCGGUAUUACAAAGACUGGUUGGGGGAGGAUGAGACUUAGACCUCCCCCUACCGAUGAUCUUUUGCUUUAUGCAAUCGCAGCAUGCGUUUUGCAAAGGAGGAAGCAGAUCAUAGAGAUGUACAGCAGCAUGGACGAGAUAAUGAGAGAAUGCAAUAGUAUGGCUGGACAAUUGGAUGUCUGGAAGCUUCUGGAUGACGCCCAUGACUUGGUGGUCAACCUGCACAACAAGAUUUAGUACAACCCUCUCCCUUCUUUCUUUCGUUUUUUUUUAUCAAUUUCCUUGUCCGGUUCCUCAACUCUUGCAAUAUUUAGGGAUCUGAGGUACUUUACAUCCCUGCUUGAAACAAGCGGCUGAUUGCCAAACUCCCUGUACCAAGUAAGUAAUGAGAUCAUAUUACUAUGAUGUAUUGCCUGCACUUACUCUUCAUUUGAGAGUGACUGUUCGUGACAGUGGCGACGCUGAAAAAAAAUCAGCAAUUUAGAAUGUUCAGUCUUGAUUUGUAAUUAUCGAGCUACAAAAUUUUACACAUUAGUUUUCUCCUUUUGCUUCUGUUCUUUGCCAUUAUUGUUUUAGUUCUUGUUGCAACUCAAACCUGGUUAAAACCCUGUUAGACUAUGCUUAUUCUGCAGCAUCUUCUCUUGCUCUGCUUGAAUUUGUAAUCUUUUGAAUCAGUGCAUAUCUUAUAUGUACGUGUGUGUCAGUGCAAAUAGUUCUGCCCUCCCAUAGUCACCGGCCAUGUUUAUGCCAGUGAGACCAGCAACUACCAUAUACAUUUGCAGAAUGGCCGGAAAUGGAGCAAUAAUGUAAGCAACAACCGCAGUGCAUAAUGAAAACUUAUAGCUAACAUCACGUACCCCACCAAUGCCUAAUUAGCUACCCACAUGGGGAUUUUCUGUCUCAUAAGAACUUGGUUUUGUUGUUUUCGGAUCCUUAGCUGUGUUCUUCUGGUCGUUAGAUGACAUAGAGCA